GGGACGUGUAAAAGUUUGAAAUGUGAUACAUUAAACUAUUUUAUUACCUUUAUAAGUUACAGGAAAGAUGUUUAUUUAGUUGAGAGCAACAAACUCUGUCCGGCAUGUUCAUCUGCGGAGGAUCGUUUCAAUGAAUUGUCAUUGAUGCCAGACUCGAUUCCGUAUGUUACAUAUCUGGUUAGCAUCGACGACGGCAUCGCGAAAAGGUUCGGCAUAAAGUCCAGUCCAGCAAUGAUCUAUUUCCGCCGGAAAAGUCCUAUUCUGUACUACGGAAAUUUCGAAGACUCCAAGACAAUACUUCGAUGGUUGAAAUCCCACGACGAAAUUGCAACGGUGCGCUUAGAGGACUACGAUUUUGAAGACCGCACUAAAAGCUUUUCGCCACCAGUUGGCGCCCGAAGCUGGUUCAUAAUGUUUUACAACCCAGAGAACAAACAAGUUGUUGCUGUCUUGUCACUGUCAUCGAAGACUAGUAGAGUUCAGGCAGCACAGUAA